AUGUUCGCGGAGAUGAACCGGCGGACACUAGCGUUCCGGGGCGGCGGCCUGGUCAGCGCUGCGGCGGCGACGGCGGCCGGCAGUGGAGCCGGCGGGGCGGCCGAGGCCUGGGACCGGCAGGACCCUGAGCCGCUGAACGGGCGCGGGGCGGACGAGGAAGUGGAGCUGGAGGGGCUGGAGGCCGAGGAGCUGGAGGCCGCCACCGAGGAGAAGGAGCUGCUGCUGCCUCAGGACGCGGUCUCGCCCCCCGCCGCCGGCCCCAUGUUCGCCGAGAGAAACCGCCGGACACUGGCCUUUCGGGGCGGCGGGGGGCUUCUCGCCGCCCCUUCUGCCGCUAACAAUGGCUGCGAGGCCUCAGCUUGGCCGCGGAAGCACUUCAAUGGGCGGGGGGCAGACGAGGAGAUGGAGCUGGAGGGCGCAGAGAGCUUGGAGCCGGAGGGUCUGCUGGAGGGGAAGGAGCUGGUCCAGGACGGCGGCUCCCUGAGUGACAGCAGCGACGACGAGGAGGACGGCGAAGGGGGCAGCCUGGGCGAUGGCAGCGGCGCGGAGGGCGGCAGCUGCAGCAGCAGCAGGCGGUCUGGGGGCGACGGAGGGGACGAGGCAGAGGGCAGCAGCGUGGGCGCGGGGGAGGGGGAGAGCAUCAGGCAUUUCCCGCUGGCCAGGCCGAAGUCGCUGCUGCAGAAGCUGCACAUCUCCUUCCAGGGCUCCUGGCUUAAGGAGUUCCCAUGGCUCUACUACUGCCAGGAGACCGGCCUCAUGUCCUGCGCUUGGUGCACCGCCGCCGCGGCCGCCGCCGCCCCUCCCGAGCUGAUCAUGGCCGGCGGGGCCCUGCCCGGGGGACACGACGAGCUCUGCAAGGGCACCCGCAAUUACAAGCGGGCCCUGCUGCUGCGGCACCACCUGUCCGCCGAGCAUCGACUUAACGAGCCCGUCAGCGCCGAGCAGGAGUCAGAGUUGCCCUCGGAACUGAAUAAUGAAGGAUACUGUGAUUUUAACAGCAGGCCAAAUGAGAAUUCCUACUGCUAUCAGCUCCUGCAAGAGCUCAACGAGCAGAGGAAGAAAGGCAUUCUUUGUGAUGUUAAUAUUGUGGUGAGCGGGAGGGUCUUCAGAGCUCACAAGAACAUCCUGGUUGCAGGCAGCCGCUUCUUUAAGACUCUCUAUUGCUUUACAAACAAAGAAAGCCGUAACCAAACCACUGUUACCUAUUUAGAUGUUGUUGCUGUUCAAGGUUUUUCUGUCAUCUUGGACUUCUUAUACUCUGGUAACCUCGUGCUUACGAGCCAAAAUGCCAUUGAAGUGAUGUCUGUGGCCAGCUACCUUCAGAUGACGGAGGUUGUCCAGUCCUGCCGCAACUUCAUUAAAGAUGCCUUAAACAUAAGUAUCAAAUCGGAAGCUCCAGAGACCGUUGUUGUGGAUUACAACAGAAGGUCUGUUAGUAGGGAUGGUUUGUCCCCAAGGGAUCAGAAAGUUGCCAGCUUCUGGGCAACACGAAACCUUACCAACUUGGCAAGCAGCAUCAAAACUGAGAACGAUGGUUACUCGAUCGAUGAGGGCCAAAUGGAAAGCUACCAAAUGAAUGACUGCAGUUGGGUCCAGGACAGUUCACCUGAAAUGGCUGAAAAUGAAUCUCAAGGUGAGGGAAAAGUUUUUGUGUGGAAUGAUGUGGGUGCGCAAGGACAAUCAGUUCAAGAACCUGGAAAAGCAAGAAGGAAAAACCAAACUGCAAAGAGGUUUAUUUAUAAUAUACCACCAAAUACUGAAGAGAACUCAGAAGAUUGCUCAGUGUUGCAGCCGUCAGUCCCGUAUCCAGAAGAAGAUUUGUCAUUUAUUAAAGAAGAAACAGGUUCUUCAAGCGACUUCAAGUACGGCCUGCUGCCAGGUACUUCAAGCGACUUCAAGUACGGGCUGCUGCCGGGUACUUCAAGCGACUUCAAGUACGGACUGCUGCCGGGUACUUCAAACGACUUCAAGUACGGACUGCUGCCAGAGUCUUGGCCAAAAGAAGCUUGGGAAAAUGGUGAUUCCUCUGCUUUAAUCAUGAACAAGUUGAAGUGUCCACACUGUAAUUAUGUAGCCAAAUACAGAAGAACACUAAAGAGACACUUACUCAUUCACACAGGCGUGAGAUCUUUCAGUUGUGACAUCUGUGGGAAGCUGUUUACUCGAAGAGAGCACGUAAAAAGACAUUCCUUGGUGCAUAAAAAGGAUAAAAAGUAUAAAUGCAUGGUGUGUAAGAAGAUCUUCAUGCUAGCAGCCAGCGUUGGAAUAAGACACGGAUCACGACGUUACGGAGUUUGUGUAGACUGUGCAGAUAAAUCUCAACCUGGAGGGCAAGAGGGAGCAGACCAGGUGCAGGACACAGAUUUCCCUCGAGAUGAAGAAUACGAGGAGAAUGAAGUGGGCGAAGGUGACGAGGAGCUGGGUGAUGAUGUAGAAGAACAGAACGAGCAGUCUCGAUGGGAUGAGUCUGGGGAGGUCUGCAUGCCUUUAGAUGACUGA